UUAGACUUGACACGGACGGCUCAGACAUAGGCUACUACUACUACUACUACUACUACUACUACAACUACUACUACUCUCUGAGACGUUGUUUUAUAAACCAUCGGGACGAAUGAAGACUGAAGGAUCUAUACGAAUUUCGGCGCAUAAUGUUGGGAUGGAGUUUCGAGACUUGUUUGGCUCCAAGGAAGACUAGAAAGUAUUCUUCUAACUUUUCCUCGGCGGUGCUGGAUGCGCUUGUAUUCUAUGUUGGAUUAUUGUCGCUUUCUCUGAACUCGCACCGUUUCUCUGUCGCUUCGCUCUGCGCCCCGUUCACCCUCUUUGGACUAUGGCCUCGGAUCGCGGGGUCCCAGGGGCCGGCGUCUUUGGAGAUUUACCCCCGAGUUAUACGCGCUCUCAGCCGCCUGCGAACUCAGACCUACUCCGGAGACCCAGCUACUGCCACGCUGCUUUCGCACUUAAACAGAUCUCAAAGGGGAAGGCGGUAGGUCAGAAAGCUCCUCUGUGGAUCCGGGCGAGGUUCCAGGCCCUCCUGUUCUCUCUCGGCUGCCACAUCCAGAGGCACUGUGGGAAGGUCCUCUUUAUUGGACUCUUAGUUUUCGGGGCUCUUUCCGUGGGGCUCCGGGUCGCAGCCAUCGAAACGGACAUCGAACAGCUAUGGGUGGAAGCCGGCAGUCGGGUGAGCCAGGAGCUUCGCUACACCAAGGAGAAGCAGGGAGAGGAGUCAGUGUUUACCUCACAGAUGCUUAUCCAGACCCCCAAAGAAGAGGGCACCAAUAUUCUUACCCAGGAGGCUUUGCUGGUUCACAUGGAAGCUGCCCUGUCUGCCAGCAAGGUCCAGGUGUCACUGUUCGGAAAAUCAUGGGAUCUCAAUAAAAUCUGUUACAAAUCAGGAGUCCCCAUCAUAGAAAACGUCAUGAUUGAAAGGAUGAUUGACAAGCUGUUCCCCUGUAUGAUAAUCACCCCAUUGGACUGUUUCUGGGAGGGGGCCAAACUACAAGGAGGCUCCGCCUAUUUACCGGGAAUGCCAGAUAUCCAGUGGAUGAAUCUAGACCCAGUCAAGCUGAUGGAGGAACUGAGUCAGUUCACCUCUCUGGAGGGAUUCAAGGAGAUGUUGGACAAAGCUCAGGUGGGCCAUGCCUACAUGAACAGGCCUUGUCUGGACCCCUCAGACCCUGACUGCCCCCUCAGCCCUAACAAGGAGCUAGGAGAGAGUCCCGACAUCGCCGGGCGUCUCCAGGGUGGUUGCCAUGGUUUCAGCCGGAAGUUCAUGCACUGGCAGGAGGAGCUGAUCCUGGGUGGCCGGGUCAAGAACAGCCAGGAGAGUCUGCUGAGCGCGGAGGCUCUCCAAACCAUGUUCCUGUUGAUGAGUCCUAAGCAGCUGUAUGAGCACUUUAAAGACGACUACGAGAUCCACGACAUCAACUGGAACGAGGACAAGGCCACCGCAAUCCUGGAGUCAUGGCAGAGGAAGUUUGUGGAGGUGGUUCACCAGAGUAUCCCAGCUAAUUCCAGCCAGUCCAUCCACGCUUUCUCCACCACCACCCUCAACGACAUCAUGAAGUCCUUCUCUGACGUCAGUGUCAUCAGAGUGGCCGGUGGAUACCUCCUCAUGCUGGCCUAUGCCUGUGUGACCAUGCUGAGGUGGGACUGUGCUAAGUCCCAGGGUGCCGUGGGGCUCGCUGGGGUGCUGCUGGUGGCUUUGUCGGUGGCUGCGGGGCUGGGUCUCUGCUCCCUGCUGGGCCUCUCCUUCAAUGCUGCCACCACACAGGUGCUUCCCUUCCUGGCACUGGGGAUUGGAGUGGAUGACAUGUUCCUGUUGGCUCACUCCUUCACUGAGACUGGAAGUAACAUCCCCUUUAAGGAGCGGACAGGCGACUGUCUGCGUCGCACCGGCACCAGCGUGGCUCUGACUUCCAUCAACAACAUGAUCGCGUUCUUCAUGGCCGCCCUCGUCCCGAUCCCUGCUCUGCGUGCGUUCUCUUUGCAGGCGGCCAUCGUGGUCGUGUUCAACUUCGCCAUGGUGCUGCUGAUCUUCCCGGCCAUCCUCAGCCUGGAUCUCCACCGGCGCGAGGACAAGCGCCUGGACGUCCUCUGCUGCCUGUACAGCCCCUGCGCCGACCGCAUCAUCCACCUGUCGCCGCACGAGCUCUCGGACGGUGCGGAGCUGCCGCACACGCCCGCGGCGGCGGCGCACGCGCACCAGUACGCGGCAGGCUCCACCAUCACCACCAGCACCCAGAUCACGACGACGGUGCAGGCGUUUACGCAGUGCGACGCGGCGGGCCAGCACAUCGUCACCAUCCUGCCGCCCACCUCCCAGAUCUCCACCACCCCUCCCUCCAUCAUCCUCUGCCCAACCUCCCAACCUCAAGCAAUCACGCCUUCCCCUACCACAACCUCUGUCCCAGACCCCUACGGCUCCCAGCUCUUCACCCCCACCUCUAGCUCUACACGGGACCUCCUGGCCCAGGUGGAGGAGUCCAAGUCGGGCAAGAAAUGUGUCCCGCUUCCGUUCCUGCGUUGGAACCUGGCCAGCUUUGCCCGGGAGAAGUACGCUCCCCUCCUCCUCAAGCCCAAGAGCAAGGCCGUGGUGGUGGUGCUCUUCCUGGGCCUGUUGGGCCUCAGCUUGUACGGGACCACCAUGGUGCACGACGGCCUCUACCUGACCGACAUCGUGCCGCGGGACACCAAGGAGUACGACUUCAUCGACGCCCAGUUUAAGUAUUUCUCCUUCUACAACAUGUAUCUGGUGACCAUGGACGGGUUCGACUACGCCCGCUCGCAGAGGCUGCUGGUCCAGCUGCACAACGCCUUCACCUCCGUUCGCUAUGUGGUCCGAGACGGGGACCACAAACUGCCCCGCAUGUGGCUGCACUACUUCCAGGACUGGCUCCGAGGUCUCCAGGCUGCCUUCGAUGCUGACUGGCAGGCAGGCAGGAUAACCUUUGACAACUAUCGUAACGGCACAGAGGAUGGAGUUCUGGCUUACAAGCUCCUCAUCCAGACCAGCUCCAAGAAAGAGCCUUUCAACUACAGCCAGCUGACAUCUCGUCGGUUGGUAGAUGCGGAGGGUCUGAUCCCUCCGGAGGUGUUUUACAUCUACCUGACAGUGUGGGUCAGCAACGAUCCUUUGGGCUACGCCGCCUCCCAGGCCAACUUCUACCCCCAUCCCAGAGAGUGGAUUCAUGACAAAUACGACACCACAGGGGAGAACCUGCGCAUCCCGGCUGCAGAGCCCCUGGAGUUUGCCCAGUUCCCCUUCUAUCUGAACGGCCUUCGGCAAGCCAGCGACUUCGUUGAGGCCAUCGAGAGCGUGCGGGCCAUCUGCGAUGAGUUCAGCCGCAAGGGCGUGUUCAACUACCCGAACGGCUACCCCUUCCUGUUCUGGGAGCAGUACAUCGGCUUGAGACACUGGUUCCUGCUGUCGAUCAGCGUGGUGCUGGCCUGCACCUUCCUGGUGUGCGCGAUUUUGCUGCUCAAUCCCUGGACCGCUGGCAUCAUUGUGUUCAUCUUGGCAAUGAUGACAGUGGAGCUGUUUGGCAUCAUGGGUCUGAUUGGCAUCAAGCUGAGUGCCAUCCCCGUGGUCAUCCUCAUCGCCUCCGUGGGCAUCGGUGUGGAGUUCACCGUCCACAUUGCCCUGGGCUUUCUGACAGCGAUUGGCAGCAGGAACAAGCGCUCGGCGGUGGCUCUGGAGCACAUGUUCGCCCCGGUGAUUGACGGGGCGAUCUCCACACUGCUGGGAGUCCUCAUGCUGGCAGGGUCAGAGUUUGACUUCAUCAUGAGGUAUUUCUUUGCUGUGCUGGCCAUCCUGACCGUUUUGGGGAUGUUAAAUGGCUUGGUCCUCCUGCCGGUCCUCCUGUCCCUCAUGGGCCCUCCAGCAGAGCUCACCCCCGCUGACAACGCCAGCCGCCUGCCCACGCCAUCUCCUGAACUCCCCCUGCCCCCGCCGAUGACCCACCAUGGAUACUACGCAGGCCACCACAACCCUCGCUCAGCACACCAGCCAGCUUUCUCAGAAUCAUCGGACUCUGAGUAUUACUCCGAGACGACCACCACAUCGGGGAUCGGGGAGGAGGAUUUUAAGUACUGCGACCGGAGCGCGUAUGUCACCCCGCACGCCAGCGCUCCCUCCACUACAUCUCACAUUCUGCUGGAAGCCAGCAAGAACCCCAACUUCCCAAAGCUCACGGUGGUCAAACCGUUCAGGGAAAAUGCAACAGGCGUUGGCGGAGCGAAAGAACUCUCCAAUGAAUCUUCUCACAACACACAGUCGCCUCUCGGCUCCCAGGUCACCUGUUGGGACAGGAGCAAGCAGGAGCAGCAGCCGGGCCUCCGAAGGCUCCAGGAGCAGCCCGGCGAGCCUUUGUCCCCUGACAAAGCUCACUUCUCUGGGAGGACUAGUCAAAAAGGCCCCAGGCUUCAGGCCGGCAGAGGGCCUCAGCCAAGCAGGACUAAAGGGCCGGGUUAUAGCGGUAAAAACUCCACCCUGCCAACGCAACCAGGUUCCACCGGGGGACCUGUUACCAUGGUUACAGCCACGGCUUCCGUGACAGUCGCUGUGCAUCCGAACUUGCCGGGGGCGACAUACCAAGGCUACAUGCAUGAGGGCUUUGACACGGACAGUGAGUUGGACUGUUUUGAGGAUGCUAAGAGGACUUGUAGCGGCAAAACGAACAUGUCGUCCAAUAAGAGAGACUCUCUAGAGCUCCAGGACUUGGAAGCAGUACAGAGCAAGACACAGCAGCAGCUCAGCAAGACACAAGGUGGGUUGAGGAUCCAGGCAGCCAAAGAUUGCUAGACUCUCUUGCAAGCCCCGCCUUCUCUCUCUGAGUCUCUGGCUGCUUCUCUGAGCACCUUGGAGCCCGACGCGUCGCAUCACGCUUGAGCUCUCAACUGUACAUAGACCUCAUGCAAAAAUGAGAGGAUUUUAUUUCGAGGACAUAUUAAGAAAAUGGACUUGUUUUAAGAAUUAUAUAAAUCUAUGAGUAUAUAUUUUAAUACUAAAAAAGAGGGAAGCUAUUUAAAAGAGUACUGUAUAACUUGGGUAUACUCUUGUGUAAAAGUUCAGAUGUAAAAGAUUAUUUGUUGGCGGGGGGCAGUUGGUUUUCCCCAGUGUAUAGAAUAAGAAAUGUGUUAUAUGUAAAAAAAAAAAAAAAAAAAAUGGUCCACACAAAGUGAGAUGCUAUUAAGAUAUUAGCCUAUUGAACAUACAUGGUCAGUGUUUUCUUUUUUUUUGCUGCUACACUUCAAAAUAAUUUUAAGUGAUUUGCCUUAAAAAGAAAAAAUGCAGUACCCCCUCUCCCCCCUCGAACAAGUCAGUAUACUUCAUAACUUACAAGCUAUUACACUGCCGACGAGAGCAGAGUACAUCCACUGAUAAUAUUCUGUACUUAUACACAUUCUCUGUCACCGUUUGCACUGUAAAAAAAACAAACAACAAAAAAAAAAACAAAAACAAAAAAAACGAGCAAGCAGAGAAAUACGCAGAAGCUACUGUUUUCUCAACAGUGGUAACCAUUGUGCCUUCAUAAUGUCUCCUUUUUUAUUGUAUGUCCCUUAUUAUCACAGCAUUCAUAGCACAGUAUUAUAUUCAUGCUUGGGUGUAAAUAUGCUAGUAGUGUGUUUUGUAUCAGUCUUGUCCAGCUGUCAUCUGAAAAUAAUACAAGG